AUGGAAGAUCAACCUCCGAGAUAUUCUAUGCUUGAGGCGGCCGGCUGGCCUGAUGAUUGUUGGUCACAGGAUGGAGCAAAUGUCAACGACGAUGGCCGCGUUGAAGUUGACCUGGACUCCAAGGUCUGUAGGACUGUUGCAAAGCUGAUUCCGUUUUCGCACGCCGAGAGGCCACCCCCAUCAACUCAAGAUCCUACGGAACCUUCUACUUGUGACAUUCAAUUAAAUAUCGUUAUUCAAGUUGUCGGUAGCCGAGGCGAUGUGCAGCCCUUCAUCGCUUUGGGCAAUGAGCUUCAACUUCAUGGUCAUCGGGUAAGAUUGGCAACUCAUGGGGUAUUCGAGUCGUUCGUUCUUGCAUCGGGCUUGGAAUUCUAUCCCAUUGGAGGUGACCCAACAGAGCUUAUGGCCUAUAUGGUGAAAAAUCCGGGCUUGAUACCGCAGAUGAAAAGUUUACGAGACGGAGAAAUCCAACGCAAGCGGGCUAUGGUGGCCGAGAUGUUACAAGGUUGCUGGAAGUCUUGCAUUGAUGAUGAUCCGGUCAGCAAAACACCUUUCGUGGCUGAUGCGAUAAUUGCCAAUCCUCCAAGCUUUGCUCAUAUUCACUGUGCGCAAACCUUGUCCAUCCCCUUGCAUCUCAUGUUUACUAUGCCAUGGAGCAGCACAAGAGCCUUCCCGCAUCCGUUGGCAAAUCUCAAAUACUCAACGACUGAGCCAAAAAUAGCCAAUUACAUAUCUUACGGAGUUGUUGAGUGGAUGACCUGGCAGGGUCUUGGUGACGUGAUUAAUGAAUGGAGAGCUUCACUCGAUUUGGAGCCUAUACCUGUGACUGAAGGUCCCUGUCUGGCCGAGACACUGAAAGUCCCUUUCACCUACUGUUGGUCUCCAAGUCUCAUGUCAAAACCAUCAGAUUGGCCAUCAAACAUAGAUGUUUGCGGAUUUUUCUUUCGUUCCCUCCCGGAUUACAAACCGCCUCCCGACCUUGACUUGUUCCUUCGAAGUGGCAGCGCUCCAGUGUACAUUGGAUUUGGCAGUAUUGUCAUUGAAGAUCCGGUGGCUAUGACAAAUAUGAUUCUGCAGGCUGUCAAGUUACUUGGUAUUCGCGCAAUCAUAUCUCGUGGCUGGAGCAAUAUUGGUGAGGCCUCAUCCGAUGAUAGAUUUUUCUACCUCGAUGACUGCCCGCAUGAAUGGUUAUUUCAACAUGUUGCAGCCGUUGUCCACCAUGGAGGGGCCGGCACAACAGCAUGUGGUCUACGGUUUGGACGAUCUACAACUAUCAUUCCAUUCUUUGGAGAUCAACUUUUCUGGGGCAACAUAGUUGCCUCCUGUGGGCUUGGACCGAGGCCUAUCCCAUAUCGGUCUCUGACUUCAACCAAUUUGGCGGAAGCCAUUCACUUCUGCCUCCAACCUGAAGCACAGUAUGCAGCCCGAGAAGUCGCAAACCGAAUGAGCCAUGAAAAAGGCGUGAGCACCGCCGUCGCCUCUUUUCAUCGUAAUCUACCGGUGAAUACCAUGCAAUGCCACGCUCUCCCUUCAGAACCUGCAGUGUGGCAAUUCAAAAAAUCUUCCAAAUCUCCACUCUAUCUGUCCAAAGUUGCGGCCGAAGUUCUAAUUGAUCACCGUCGAUUAAAACCUAGCGAUAUUCAACCUUACCAAGUCAAGCCGCUUUACAUCGAGAAUCGGCGAUGGGAUCCAGUCACAGGUACUGCUUCUUCACUGAUUGGGACCAGCACAGAUGUACUGAAAGCAACGGGCGAUAUUGUUUACCGGCCAUAUCAGGAAUUCAACCGCAUUCCUAAGAGCUCGUCGGAAGUUGAUCUGCCCGAAUCAUCUGCUGCUCGAUCCCGAAGCGUUGCUUCUACAGCUGAAGUACCAUCUCUGUCCGAUUCCAGCAUGAAACCCCCUUCAAAGAUGAGAGCUACGGGGGCGGCGAUGGAAGGUUCGGCAAAAAGCAUGGGGAAGGUAGUCGGCUACUGGUACAAAGGCAUGCUGGUAGAUAUGCCUUUAGCAGUGAGCGAAGGCCUCAGAGCUGUACCUCGACUAUAUGGCGACGAGGUCAAAGAUCACGGAACGAUCCAUGAUUGGAAAUCUGGCGCCACUUUCGCAGGGAAGAACUUCGUUCAUGGGAUGGCAGACGGUUUCAGCGAUAUCUUCACACAGCCCUAUAAGGGUGGCCAGGAAGAGGGAGCAAAGGGUGUGAUAAAGGGAAUUGCCAAGGGAACUCUCGGUAUCACUACCAAAGUCUCAUCAGCUGCAUUGGGAUUGGUCGCUUAUCCUGCCCAUGGGAUGAUGAAGAGCUUAUAUACCGCAACGCAUUCGAAAACAAGGAAGCGUAUUCUUCAGGCCCGAGUUCAAGAAGGAAAGUGGCUAGCGGAACACUCAAGUAAAGGCCUAGAGAAUCGCCAGAUAAUUCUCCGCAAUUUUGAGGCUGCUUGUCGCAAGCCGGAAGAAAUUGCCAGACCACAAUCAAGCUGA